CUUUUUUUUAUUAAAUAGGGAGCUAAAUUACUGAAGACUAGUUUAGCUAUUGCAAUCAACGUGAAGUUGUGUGUCCUGAAUUAUGAAGGGCUUUGUACUUUUGGUGAUUUUUGGCAUCGGCUCUGUUCUUGGAAGUGGCAAGUUUUUUCUAAAGACCGAUUAUUACAGAGCGAUGGGCUGGUGCACGCAUGGGGGCAGUAAGAUACACAUCGGGGACUUCAACGGCGAUGGCAGGUCAGACAUGAUGUGUCAUGAUCAUAGCGGAAGCAUCUGGGUCUCACUCGCCGACGGCAACGGACACUUUACCAAGACCUCGUGGCACAACAAGAACUUCAAGUGGUGUGGACAUCCGGGAUCGAAGCUUUACACCGGCGACUUCAACGGCGACGGGAGAUCUGACAUUCUGUGCCACGAUAAGAAAGGCAGUAUGUGGACAGCACUCGCCACCAGAUCCGGGUCCUUCACAGGCAACGCAUGGCACAGACCCAACUUCAAGUGCGACCACAAGGGCAGUCAACUUUUCGUGGGCGACUUUAACGGCGACGGACGGACCGAUACCCUGUGCCAUGACUUCACCGGGUUCAAGUGGGUUUCCUUUGCGCAGAAGGAUGGCGGGUUUGUCGGCACUCUUUCCUGGUCAAAAGACAUGAAUUGGUGUGCGCAUGCCACGUCACAGCUCCACAUCGCAGACUUUAACGGCGACGGGCGAGAUGAUAUGAUGUGUCACGAUACGGCGAGCGGAUACAAGUGGGUUGCGUUUGCAGACUGCGAUGGUGAAUUCACAUCCACCUCUUGGCAGAAGGGAAUGAAUUGGUGCGUUGGCAAGAACGCCUUUCUCAUGACGGGCCGAUUCAAUGAUGAUGCGCGCGCAGAUCUGUUCUGCCACCAAUCACAUUCAGCCAUGAACUGGAUCGCUCUCGCAAGGCAUGACGCACGCCAUCUGUUCACGGGGACUGACUGGACGAACUUCAAGUGGUGUGGGAUGACCGGGGAGAUUUACCCCGGUGAUUUUAACGGCGACGGCAAAGAUGAUCUUUUAUGCCACGAACCCCACUCUGGCAAAAAGUGGAUCUCGUUCAACCGACACCAGAUCUGAUCAAAGAAGCUUUUUCAUAUAUGUAAUUUGUGAAAAGUUGAAUAAGAUGCAAAUAAACAUAGAUAAUUCACA